AUGUGGGUGCUGGUCCUGUGCUGGGCUCUGUCCCUGGGGAGGUCAGGUGCCACGCCCCACAUCCAGUCCAGGAUCGUCAGAGGCUGGGAAUGCCUGAAACACUCCCAGCCGUGGCAGGUGGUUCUAGUCCACUCAGGGAAGAUCAAGUGUGGGGGCGUCCUGGUGAACCCCCAGUGGGUGCUCACAGCCGCCCACUGCAUCCAAGACAAUUACACUGCCUGGCUGGGUGGCACCAACCUGCUGGACAUUGCAGAAGAGGGUCAGCACAUCCCCGUCAAUGCCAGCUUCCCUCACCCGCAGUACAACAUGAGUCUGGUAAACAACUACACCCUAGACCACAGCCAGGACCCCAGCCAGGACCCCAGCCACGACCUGAUGCUGCUGCGCCUGCUGCACCCAGCCAGGAUGACCAGCGGGGUGCAGUUCCUGGAGCUGCCGCUCUUCAGGCCAGCCGAGGGGACCGUGUGCACCAUGCCGGGCUGGGGCAGCAUCCAGCAGGGCCCGGACACAUACGUGCAAACAUACAAACUGCAGUGCGUAGAGCUGCAGCUUCUCAAUAACCAGUGGUGCACACACAUCUACAGCAGCAAGGUGACAGACACCAUGAUCUGCGCCGGAGGCUUCCAGAAAGAGGGCGGAGGCCCCUGCGUGGGUGACUCUGGAGGACCGUUGGUCUGCAAUGGCGUGAUCCAAGGGGUAGCAUCGUGGGGCCUUUCCAAGUGUGGCGUCUUUGGCUACCCGGGCAUCUUCACCCGAGUGCAAUCAUAUGUGAAGUGGAUCGUAGACACCAUGGAGGCCAAUCCUUAA